ACUACAUUCAGCGAUGUGAACCUUUACGUCACUCCCUAAGUAGUGCGCGAGGACAGGGUGUAGGAUGCGAUUUGGAACACAGCCCGUCAUUUACCUGACGCUUUUACCUGAAGACGUAAAUUAACAAUGGCUGUUUCGGUGUUUUCGGUUUUGUUGCAUUUUGUAGAAAAAUACGCAACCGGAACACCGAAUAAAAUCAAAGUAAUAGAUGCUUAUUUGCUGUACAUGUUACUGACAGGAGCUUUUCAGUUCCUGUAUUGUUUGUUGGUGGGAAGCUUUCCGUUUAACAGCUUUCUGUCAGGAUUCAUUUCCUGUAUCGGUUCGUUUACUCUGGCAGUGUGUCUGCGCAUUCAGGUCAAUCCACAGAAUAAAGAACACUUCGUGUUUGUGUCACCGGAAAGAGCUUUUGCUGACUUCUUGUUUGCACACACCAUCCUCCAUCUCGUGGUGAUCAAUUAUAUUGGCUGAAUGAAUUCCACCUUCUCACCUGGUGCACCUUUUCCCCCAGGUUUAACUUCAAACCAAUCACACCGGAUUGAAGCGUGUAGUCUUAACCGAAGAACAAAAAGUCUAGAGGGUGGAGUCGAGUCUUAGCUGAACCGGUUCAACCUACCCGGCUGGAGUCACAUCAAGAUUUUGGAGAGCUGGAGGUGGACCUGACUUGGUUCUUCAGAUCUGAUCCAGCUCCUCCUACCUGGGCAGAGCGUAUGCAAAAGUCCAGGCAGUGGAGUCUGAUCUGAUGCAGCUCCUUCUAACUGGGUGGAGUCAAGUCGAUAUGUUUUGCUUUGGAAAUAUGUUGUAGAGUGUUUUGCUUACAGGAAGAUUUGAAAUCAGAUUCGGCUCCACUACCUGGACUUUUACUUCUGCGGUGAUGGUUAUCUAGAUCGAGGGACAAGAUGAAUUGAAACUGGUGGAAUCAGACAUUGAACCAUGGGUGACAUGAAAACCAAAUGUUGCUAUUUUUAAAUAAAUAAUUUUAGCAUUCGAAUUGAAAAAUAAGUGUCCUAUAUGAUAUGUUUAACAGGACUUUAUAGUUUUGUUAAUUGUUAUUAAUUUGUUAAUUGUCCUUGUUUUAUAGAACUACUUAUUGGCUUGUCCGGUACAGAAAGUAAAAAAGGAAAUAGUUGUAUAGGUUAUUUAUUUUGUAGCGCUCUAUUUUUAGAGUUUUUGGUGAAUUCACAAUGCCAAGGUCAAGAUGUUCUGAUUUCUCUCUCUUCACAGAAGUCUAACACAAGAAUAUUUUUCAAUGUUUUUAUAAAUCUUUUAUCCUUUUUCCUCCUAAUUGUAUUAUUCCAUAUUGCUUUAAAAAUUGUUUAAACCUGAAAAUUUAAAUCAUUUUAGCACAUCUCAAAAUUUAAAUAAGUAUAUUUUAGUAUGUGUAUAUACAGUAAAAGGUUAAUCUAAAUAGAAAUAAGUAUCUUUAGUAAUCCAGCUAA